CUGCGCGGCGCACUUGGUUUUGUUUCAGUCUUGACUCGUUUACAGUGUCGUUUGACACUUAUGUCGUCCAUCCGACGUCUGCUCGUAUCAACCUGGGCGCAUUGUCCUUGAUUUGGGCUCAUCGUCAUUAAUCCUGUGCAGAGAUGAUAGCUUCACCGCCUCGCCUUGUAUAUAUAUAAGGACCCGAGGAUCCGCUGCUAUGCUCAUCUUCACGUUCCUAUCAUCCGACCCCGGGGCAAUGGCACGCGAGAUUCGCGAGGCAGUGCGACACCGGAACGCAAGCAGUCGGUCUAAAAAGCCACGCUACGACGCGAAUCCCUCAUCGACCCCGGAACAGAAUCCUGGUGGUAUGGACUCGGACUCAAGAGGUCCCGUCACUCCACUACCUUCAUCCAUCACGUCCCGACUUUCGCUCGAGGUCUACGAACAUAUCAUCGACGACCUCCACACCGACUCAGAGGGGCAGUCCCCGUCCCAACUUUCUGUCUGCAGCUUGGUAUGCAGGGCGUGGCUCGCGCCCUCUAGGCGCCGUCUCUUUGCUUCGGUAAACCUGCGUCCCGAAUUCGUCGCGUUUCUACGCGCCUCCUCGCACGCAUACGACACGAUCGUUCCCCACAUCCGCGAACUGGGUGUCGGUGGAGGGUGGCUGCACCACGACCGGUCCGACUUCAGCAGCACCAUGUUGUUCAUGACGGACCUGGUCAAGCUGCGGGCUUUGAAUCUCGAGGCGUGGAGCUGGAGCUACCUGUCUACUUCCACCGCGUCCAAGUUGCUGCGCGGCGAGGGUCCCGCUUUUCGCGUCCUUACCGCGUUGGACCUGAAAUAUAUUCAGUUCCCGUCGCUCUCGGCUCUUGCAACUCUAAUCAGCGCAUUUGUUCGGCUCAAGACUUUGGCGUUUGACAAUGUCACCUGGGAGACGUCUGACGACGCCAUGCCUCUGGCACCUCCUUUUGUAUCCAGUCUCACGAAGCUGCAUGUCGUGGCAUGCUCCAAUGAGGUGCUUAUCUCCUGGCUUUUCGCCGAUGCCUUGGGGGACCCUAUAGUCAAGCUGAAACUUCGUUCUCUUUCACUUCCUGAUAUCCUACCCAACGAGGCUGGCAAUAUUGAUCGUCUUGUCUCUUCGACGAGUUCUUCCUUGGAGCACUUGGACGUUGGGUUCAUGGGCCAUAGCACUGAUGAUGCACCCGUGAUCUUGAAACUGGCCGAGAAAAUCGAUCUAUCUCCUCAUACCCAACUUUGCUCUCUCCACGUUCACCAAAUUGUUCUCUAUCAGUUUCCAGGCACUCCUCCGCACAGCUCCCAGUCCUCUCCCGCCGUCAAUUUGCCCACGACAUGGCUCGCCUCCUUGCUGUCCACGAUCCGCUCCGCCCACUUUUCUCGGCUUACUCUCAGCAUCUGGCUGGGCGAAGAACGACAGCUUGAUUCUCUGGAUUGGGACGGCUUUGUCCGAAUCGUGUCGAACGAGCGCUUUGCAAGUCUGACGCAAGUCGAAUUUCGAGUCCGCGGGCUUGGCAAAGCGAUGAACGACGUCGUGAAGGGAUGGAUCUCUGACAGGAUGAGCGGGUGGGCCCGUGUGACUGAAUGUCUCCAGAUCACCUUUGGAUGAUCAAUCUUUCGCGCUUCGGACGCUUGAAGGGCUUGCCCUUAUAACUGACUGCCUUAUUCUCGCUGAAACUAUCACGACCACUCUCUGCAUUGACUGUAUCUGUGACAACAUAUCCAUUGUAUCCCUAGCUUUAGAUAAACUAUAUUGUAUCAAUAUAACGAAACAGGGGCUGGCGAGCAGCUCUAUACGUUUACAAGAC